AUGGCAUUAGAUCAUUGUAAAAAUUUAGCCUACUAUCUACUAACUACAAAUUAUGCUUCAUAUCAAAAUGAAAAGUUAAAACGUUUAUUUAAUAAUAUUAGUAACAAUAAUAAAAGUGACAAAACACGGAAUAAAUCUUUACCAAAACAUCCUUAUACUACUGCCGAUAUCACUGUCGACAUAUCCUUACAUGGAGACAAUAAUUACUUACUUGCAUUAUCAAAACAUAAGCAACGAAAAAAGCAUUAUAACUUCUUAAUAACAAUGCUUAAACGUGACAGUUUAUUGCCAGAAUCAUUAUGGAAUAACGUUUAUGAUCAACUAUGUGACAAUUUUGUUCAUGAAUUAAAUUCUUCAAAUCGAAAUCAUCAAUUCUCAUCUACUAGUGAAUUUGUUAAUUGUGUUAUUCAAUGUUUGGGACGUUCAUUUUGUUUGAAACAUAAUAUUAUUCAAUUAAUUAAUAGUGGAUUAUCUGAAUCAUUUCAACAUAGUAAUAUUAAUAAUAAUAGUUCAGUGAGUAAAACAGCUUCAAUUAGUUUGUGUUGA